UUGCCUGGAAGGACCAGCGUCCUACAUAAAGAGUGUCGGCCUGGGAGCUGGAGCCACACGGGGUAGCCCACUUCCCAAAGAACAGGCAGGCGCGCCAGGGUUAAAGCACGCUACACAGCAGCAGAAGACAAGAAAGGAGGGAUAGAGGGAGAAAAAGAGAGAGACAAAUGGCUUUUGUGCUUCAUGGAGGGAUUUUAUCCCAGAUCUACUUGGGGGUCCUCUUUACUGCUUUCUGCUUCCAAACUAUGACAGUCCAAGGAGCAGCCCUCAAACCUGAAGGCGCUUCAGAGAGCAGCGGGACAGUGAUCAAUCACUCCAUGAUCCUGGUCCAGAGACUGGAGGCACUGCUGGCUCAGGGCAAUGGCAGCGACGUAUCCCUCCGGGUCCAGACAGUUCACUCGGACGAGGUGAAAGUGUUCCAGGCCCACUCGCUGGUGCUGUCCCUGCAGAGCGAAGUCUUCGAGGGGCUGCUGGAGCACCGCAACUCCUCCACGCUGACCCUGCGGGAGCCGGCCGACUGCGCGGCUGUCUUUGAGAAGUUCAUCAGGUAUAUGUACUGUGGGGAGAUUGCUGUACAGCUGGAGCAAGCGAUCCCUCUGCACAAACUGGCCAGUAAGUAUACGGUAUUGGCCCUGCAGCAUGGUCUCAGCCAGUACAUGACCCUGCACCUGGCCAGUGACUCCCCUCAUGGGCAUGUAGUCAACUGGUACCACUAUGCCAUGCAGAUUGGAGAUGUGGCUCUGAGGGACAGCUGCCUGCAAUUCCUGUCCUGGAACCUGUCCUCUGUCUUCCAGAGUGGGGAGUGGGGCUCGGUGAGCGCUGACCUGCUCUUGUCUCUGCUGCAGCGCUCGGAUCUCAUCCUGCAGAGCGAGCUCGAGCUGUUCGAGGCUCUGGAGGCCUGGAUUGGGCAAAACCAGCCGGGGGGCUUGACCAUUGAGAAUGCCUUGAGGGCGGUGCGCUAUGCCAUGAUACCCCCACAGCAGCUCUUUCGGCUGCAGAAACAGUCUCCGCUGCUGCUCAAAUACCACCAGUCGAUACAGGACCUCCUCUACAUGGCCUUCCAGUUCCACUCGGCCUCCCCACUCCAGCUGGCCAAGUAUUUCGAUGUCAACUGCAGCCUCUUCACACCCCGUAACUACCUCUCUGCAGCCUGGGGAUCCCCCUGGGUGAUCAAUAACCCCACCCGGGACGAUCGCAGUAUGAGCUUUCAGACCCAGCUGGGCCCCAGUGGCCAUGACGCCAACAAGAAGGUGACGUGGAACGCGCUGUUCUCCCCAAGAUGGCUUCCCGUCAGCCUGCGGCCGGUGUACACAGAGCACGGGGCGAUCCAGGCGGCGCGCCCCGACAACGGCCACCCUCGCAUCAUCGUCACCCCAGCCACCUCCAGCGCAGACUUUGCUGGCGUCAGCUUCCAGAAGACGGUGGUCGUGGCCGUGCGGCAGCAGGGCAAGGUGCUGGUGCGACACGUCUACAACUUCCACCAGAGCACCGAAGAGACUGGGGACUUCCUGGCCGAGGCUGACUUGCAGCACAGGGGCUCCGAUUACCUCAUCGACAGCUCGCUGUACCUGCACAUUGUGGUGAAGCCCAUCUAUCACAGCCUCAUCAAAGCCAAGAAGUGAACCUCUUCACCCAGUACUAGCUCACUGCAGUGUCAUACGCACAACACAUUCAUGUCAGCGCACUCAGAAGCUCCUCUGAGCUCUACAAGCCUUUACUGCAGUAAAAGGCUGCACACAUUUUGCAAUGAACCUCUUUAUUCAAUGAUGCACAAUAUUUCUUUUCAUCCUGCAAUUAGUUAUUAAUAACAUCAUUCUGUUUGAUCUUUCCAAUUAUCGUACCAUUUGCUGCAGUAAAAAAUCUCCUCUUGUAUCUUUCUUUCCCUUUUAUAACCUUCAUGAAACAUUAUAAAUUAAAGUGAACAUGCUGUUUUUUUAGCUCAUCAUGCUCCUUCAGUCACCUUGAAGAAUAUUUGUUGAAAACAGAAUAAACAAAUGUUACAUUUAUAACACGUACAACACCAUUUUCUUAAACAAAAUGAAGUGCUGUGAAACAGCAAAUGGUCAUGCCAGACCUAUUUACUGUAUGGGGACAGCGCUCCAUGUUGAUGCCAACAUUCCUCAUGGAAUUAGGAGAUGAAAAUUGCAUAAAGAAGCCAAAUAUUUAGAAACACAGACACACAAGUAGGCAAAUGCAUUCAAAAUACACAUGUAGUCUAACUUUAAGACAUAUUCAAAAGGGCUGUCCAUCCAGAUCUAGAUAAAAUCAUCUACACUGCAGAGCUACUGUAAUUAACUUGCCCCCAGGACAGUCCUAUUGCCCUACAAGAAUAAAUUCCCUAGAAAAGUUGUGAAAUAAAGACUAUGGACUCAAAAACCCCAUUUUCACCUGUGACCAUUAGGACUGCUGUAUGUGUGGAACCAUACACACACAAGAAGAUACAGGCCUCAUCUCACUUGUCAUGUUCAUGACCCUUAUUCUAAUGAAAACUUUCUUUCCAAACAAUGGCAGCUAGAGAGAAAUAAACUCUUCGCAGAGCACUCGUCAAACUAAAGAGCAUAUGAUUAUUUUUUUUUAUUAGAGAAGAUAUUCUGUCAGUGUCAAGAAUCGGUAUUGACUUUGCAACAAAUGGCGAUGUCAUACAGGCUUGGUGCAUUGAACUUCCAAUCUUCAGAGAGCGGCUGGUGCCACUUGGAGCCAGAGGGAAGGCACAUAGUGUAGAAAUCUACAGGCAGACGUCUUUUUACUUUCCCACACUUUAAAGCUGAGAACAUAAGAAAGGGUACAAAGUACAGGAGGCUAUGCACUUAACUCAUUAGGGUUGCCAGCAGCUCAUCAAUCUCAAAAUCUCGUCGAGCUGUCUCUUUGAUGAACCCAGGGUAUCAGCUUCAAUAACAUGGCUGGGUGGAUUAUUCCAGACUCCCACAACUCUUUGUAUAAAGAGGUGCCACCUGCUCUCAGGUACUUCCCCAUAGUCUCCACUUGUCUUCUCUGGUUCGUGAUUCACUGAUGAUCCUGAAGCAGGGCCAUGGCUUGACUGUGUCAAUGGCCUUUAAUCGCUUCCCCUUGUAGUCUCCUCCGUUCUAGGCCAAAAAGAUUCUGUUCUUUUAACCUGUCAGGGCAGGACAUUCCUUUAAGUACUAGAACGUUACCUGGUCACUCUUCACUCUAUUCAUUCCAGAGCAGCAAUACCUUUUUUUUGGUAAAAUGGUGACUAAAAUUGUUUGUAAGACUUACUUACACAGAGGAUCAUGGUGUUUUCUAUCCUGUACUAUCAUGUGAUUUUGAAGUUAAUUCUUUUUUUAUUUUUAAGUAUAAAUAUACUCUGCCUAGUUACAUAUUAAAUUAGAAGUAUACUCAUAUUUAUUACUAACUGCUGAUGUGUUUUGAGCCAUUCACUUCUGUGUUGCUUGGGUAUCCAGAAAUCUUAGUCUGAGGGCAACUAUAUGUUACUAGAAUUGUUAAUGUUAUUUAUAUAUUAACCCUGCCCUGCCUCCUCAAUAAAGAACUAAGUUUUUU